AUGGCCAGAAUUUUUGAAGGAAACCAAGAUCAAGCCAACACUAGAAGAGUCGUAGGAACAUAUGGAUAUAUGGCUCCAGAAUAUGCGAUGGGUGGCAGGUUUUCAAAAAAGUCCGAUGUUUUCAGUUUUGGCGUUUUAAUAUUGGAGAUUGUAAGUGGGAGAAGGAACACGAGCUUCUAUGAUGACGACGACUUGUCUUUAAGCCUUUUAGGAUAUUCGUGGAAAUUAUGGAACGAAGACAAUGUUCUGGAUUUGAUUGAUCAGAGAAUAUCAAGUCCAAGCUCAUUGGCGGAGAUUAAGAGAUUCAUACACAUUGGAUUGUUGUGUGUUCAAGGACUUCCUGUAAAUAGACCCUCCAUGUCAACUGUUCUGUUGAUGCUCAGCAAUGAAAUCUUUGACCUGCCGGUGCCGCAACAUCCUGGAUUUACGGACAAGUGGAAUAGGUCUCACUCUUACAGCAAAACAUCGAAAUCUGCUAACAGUGUCACUCUCACUGUGCUCGAGGGGCGAUGA